GCCUGUCAGUUAAGCAGCUCCGCCGCGUGCGUGCGCACGCGCGUGCGCGUCCGUCCGAUUGUGUGAAAGGGAAAACCGGUGCCAGACAGUGACGCUCACCCAUCAGCUGCCUGUCAAAGCCAGCAGCACGCCGAUAAAUAGAUAAGCGUGCCGGUAUGGAGGGAGAGAUGCAACCCGCUGAUGAAGGGCCCUGCGCCCCGAAGAUGUGCCGACAGCAGCGGGGUCCGUUCAGCACCCUGAAGCCCCUCCAGAGCAGGCGCUCCGCGGGGAAGACGCGCUUUGACCGCUCCGCUGUGCUGGAGCUGCCUCUGUUUGGUGAUCACUUCACUCUCCAUCCCGAGCAGCCUCCUCCUUUCCAGCAGCAGCAGCGGGUGCAGCACCUCCACCAAAGCAGUUCUACCAUCAGCAGCAGUCAGCAGCAUCCCCGGCUCCCAUGUGAGGCCAGGCCAAGCAGCAGGGUCCCCACAUCCACCUCGGUGGCAGCAGCAUCCCAUGGCCCCCAGAGGCGCGUGUGCGGCGGAUCGGAGCCCAGGUUCUCCCCAGACUGCUCCUAUGGAAUCAGCACAGAAAACCGUCUCAUCUUAGACGCCUUUGCCCAGCAGUGCAGCAGAGUCCUCAGCCUUCUCAACAAUGGCCGUCUCCUGGAGCCCCCCUCUUCCUCCCUCAGCUCUAACAUCAAGCUGGAAGAUGAGCGAGGAGACGCACAGGGGCUCCACUGCUCCUCACAGGGAAAGCUGAAACCCCAGGAGAGUUCAACCACCACAGAUCCGGAGAAUGAGGCCCAACAAAGCCAUUCAAACCAGCAGCGGACCUCGGCGGUGCUCCGCAUCUUCACAGACUCCUUGCAGAACUACCUGCUCCCUGGGCCUCAUCGACAUCUGAAUGAAGGUGACCAGUGUGCUUCUGUGGAGCCCGGCUCAGAAGUGUCUCCACCCAGACACAAUCUGGGAGGCUGGGGGUCCCCUGCUCCAUCAGAGUCCUACGGGCACCCGUCUUCAACGCUACCAGAGGAGGAAGAGGAGGAGGAGAGCUGCUGCCCGCGCUGUCUGGAGCUGGAGCAGGAGGUGCUGUGUCUGCAGCAGGAGAACGAGGAGCUGCGGAACAAACUGGAGAACGUUCCAGCCCCCUGUCAAAGUGCCCUAGACUACUUUAAAGCGGUUCUUGAGUUUCACAACCAGCUGGCUCAGCCAAUGCUGGAGGAGCAGUAUACAGAGCAGUGUGACAAUAUGGAUUUAAAAGAUGUAUCUCUGCAGGAGGAAGAACAACAAACAGUCUUUGAGGGCAGUAAACAGCUCCUGGAGAACUACCCGCUCUUCAUCACCAACAAGCAGUGGGAGGAAGCCGUCAACUCCUCUAAGAAAGAUGGCCGGCGGCUCCUGCGCUACCUGAUCCGCUAUGUCUUCACCACGGAUGAGCUGAAGUUCUCCUGCGGUUUGGGCAAAAGGAAGCGGUCGGUGCACUCAGGAGAACCGGGCCUAGAAAGACGGCCACUCAACCCCGUCAAAGUCAGCUGCCUCAGAGAGUUUAUCCGGAUGCACUGUGCCUCAAACCCAGACUGGUGGAUGCCCUCAGAAGAGCAGAUCAACAAAGUGUUCAGCGACGCCGUUGGCCACGCCCGCCAGGGCCGGGCAGUGGGGACAUUCCUGGGCAGCAGCGGCAGCAGCACCAGCAGCAUCUACAUGGACAGCUUCGACGGACACCUUUCACAGGAUGAGCUGUUCCUCAAAGGCUGCCAGAAUGGCCAGUUAGACUGAAGUUAUACAAAAUACACUGCUUAAAAGAAUAAAGGGAACACCCAAAUAACACAUCCUGGAUCUGAAUAAAUCAAAUAUUCCCAUUGAAUAAUUUCUUCUGUAAGAAGUUGAAUGUGCUGCCAAUUAAAUUACACAGAAAUCAUCAAUGGAAAUCAAAUUUAUUAACCAAUCGAGGCCUGGGUUUGGAGUCAAACACAAACCCAAAAUGGAAAGUCCUGGUAUGAACUCCCUACAAUAUGAAAGUAUGCUCCUGAUGUGGUAGUGGAAGGUCUCCUAAGGGAUUUCUUGCCAGACAUGGACUAAAGCCUCCGUAAACUCUGCCAGUCCAUAGCUUGAAUGUCUUCAUUUUGCAGAAACUGUUGACACCCUCCAGCCACAAUAAGCCUAGCAUUGCUCUGCAUUAGAUGGAAUCCAGGGCAACUUCACCAGCAUAUGGUCUAUCAAGGGCUCUGAGGGCCUCAUCUCAGUACCUAAUGGCAGUCAUGCUACCUCUGGCGAGCACAUGGAGGGCUGUAGGGCCCUCCAAAGGAAUGCCAACCCACACCUUUACUGACCCACUGCCAAACUAGUCAUGCUGAUGGAUGCUGCGGGAAGCAGAUCACUCUCUAGACUCACAUCUGUCAGAUGCGCUCAGUGUGAACCUGCUUUCAUCUGUGGUGAAUUUGCCAAUCCUCGUGUUCUCUGGCAAAUGUCAAGCAUCCUGCACUGUGUCGGCUUAUGAGCAAAACGCCCAUCUGUGGAAGUCGGACCCUCAUACCUGUUGGAGGUUGUUUUGCAGGGCUCUGCCAGUGCCCCUUCUGUUCUUCCUAGGACAAAGGCGGUCCUGCUGCUGGAUUGCUGCCCUCCUACAGCUUCCUCCACACCUCCUGGUAUACUGGCCUGUCUCCUAGUAGGCUCUCCAGCCUUGGGACACAGAUAACCUUCUUGCCACAGCGUGCAUUAAUGUGCCAUCCUGGGUGAGCUGCACUAUCUGAGCCAGUUGUGUGAGUUGUAGAGUCUGUCUCAUGCUACCAUGAGUGUGAAAGAAGCACCAACAUUCAAGUGACCAAAACAUCAGCCAGAAAGUAUGGGUACUGAGUAGUGGUCUCUGGUCCCCACCUGCAAAGCCACUUCUUUAUUGAGUGUGUCUUGCUAAUUGCCACUCGUCUAUUCCUUUAGCACAACAGCAUUUGCAAUUGUCAGUCAGUGUUGCUUAUUAGUGGGCAGUUGGAUUUCACAGAACGUAGAUUUAAUUGAAGUUAUAUUGUGUUGUUUAUGUGUUCCCUUACAUUUUUUUUAGCAGUGUAUAAUGAAGCUUAAUAUGUAGCUGUACAACAACAUAUCCAGAAACACCAACCUUUACCUGAAAACAUUCCAAAAGAAAAUGUAUUAUACAGAAUAAAACUUAAGCCCUUCUUUAAAAUUAUUUUAUAACCUUUUUGGUUGUUUUAUACUUACUUUUAUUUUGGUCAAAAUAUGACUCUUGGCAGUUUUAAAUGAAUAACUAUUUAAGUCUUCCUAUUUUCUACUUUAAAUAUAACUCAGUUUUAUUUAUUUGUCAGUCGGUCAUAUUUCUGUUUUGUUUUUUGUUUAGGUGUGUUUCAGAUAGUUAUUUUUAUUAUUCAAUGCAUAAUGAUGUUAAAUUUGCUUUAUAUCUACAGAUAAAGUUGCACCUUUAUGUUAUUCAUUACUGAAAGUAGCAUUUAUCAGGAGUGCCUCUGAAAACGACACCUUCGCUUUUCCUCUCUGCUGCUCUUUGACAUUCAUUACAGAAUUCAUGUUAAUUUUUUACUGUAGCAGUUAGAAUAAGUUGAAACCAGAUAUUUACUUACAUUGUAGAAGUCAAUGAUAAAUAACCAAAUUUAUUGCUGCCUCACAUUAAAUCAGACUAAACUUUUCAGAUUUUCAUUGGGAUUAUUGUUAGGUUUUAUUUACUUUUGUUGUCAUUACACUGUCAUAAGUGCAGAUUUUUCCAAGUAGAUGUAAAUAUCUGGUUUUAACUGUAACAUCCUCUGAGUUUUACAGUUAGAUGCAGAGGUGAUUGAUAGGAAUCACAAAAUAUAUAACUAAAGACAAAAAUAACAGAAACUUAAGAAGUAU